AUGCUUUGCAGUAGACUUUCAGAAGUUCUUCCUUGUCUAAUUAGUCAUAACCAGGGAGCUUUUAUUAAAGGGAGAUCACUAGCUCACAAUAUCCUAAUUUUUCAAGAUUUGAUUAAGAAUUACAAUAGGAAGAACACCUCCUUGAGAUGUGUUUUGAAGACCGAUCUUAGCAAGGCUUACGAUACAGUUGACUGGGGUUUCUUGGAAAGAUUACUAAUCAGUUUUCGGUUUCCCACCAGAUUCAUAAACUGGGUUAUGGUUUGUCUCAGAGGUACUUCAUAUGUUCUUAUGAUGAAUGGGAGACUGCAGGGGGGUUUUCAAGGGGUUAAGGGGCUUCGUCAAGGGGACCCUAUAUCACCAUUACUGUUCGUUUUAGUAAUGGAAUACCUCUCUCGGCUGCUUCAACUUGGAGCUAAGCAGCCUGCUUUUCGUUCUGGUAUGAAGGCCAAUCUCAGUAAGUCACAAGUGUUUUUUGGAGGCAUAUCUGCUCAAGAUAAGGCUCAGUUACAGAAGGUUCUUCAACUUGAGGAAGGCUCAUUCCCUCUCAAAUAUCUUGGGAUUCCUAUGCGACCUACUAAAUGGAAAGAGGCUGACUGUGGUGAAAUUCUGAAAAAAAUUAAGCUUAGGCUUCACACUUGGUCUAGCAGGCAUUUAUCUUAUGCAGGUUUGGGUUUUGGUGAAGGAACUAAAUGGAACAAGGCCAUGCUUGGGAAAUAUCUCUGGGCAAUUAGCCAUCAACAGGAGGCUUUAUGGGUGAAAUGGAUUCAUUCCGUGUACUUAAAAGGGCAAGAUUUCUGGCUUUACCAACUUAAGGCUGAUACAAGUUGGUACUGGAAAAAAGUUUUCCAAUUGAGAAGCUUGUUUACUCAGGAGGAUAUUGAUAAAGCUAGUAGUCAAGGGAAGUUUAAAAUUGGGUUGUUGUAUGCUAGUCUUAUUCACCAAGCUCCUGUCAAAUACCAUCAAUUUUUAUGGAGCCGAAUGAGUGUUCCCAAGCAUAAAUUCAUCACUUGGCAAGCUAUAAACUCUAAGCUCUUAACUAGAGAUCAUCUUCUUCGAGUUUUUCUGAUUCUUGAAUCGACUCUUUGCCCGGUUUGUGAGCUAAUUGAUGAGAGCCAUAGCCACUUGUUUUUUGACUGUAUAUUUUCCCAGCAGGUGGUUCGGCUUGUUCAGGAUUGGGUUAGAUGUAAUUGGCCUCUUUUUUUCUCUGCCUGGACUGGUUGGAUUGAAGACAUGAGGAGGGGAGUUCGUGCCUCGUUAGUGGCGGCUGUAUUCUCAGCCACAGUUUAUUAUCUUUGGCAUAAUAGGAACAUUUGUUUUAUUCAUCAUUAUUCUCUUAGUGUUAAAGCUGUGAUUGAUAUGAUCAAAAAAGACAUUAUGUAUAGGCUUAGUUGUUUUUCUCAUAAGAAUCUGAGAGGCUUUGAGCUUAGUUUUUGA